AUGACCGCCCUCAGAUCAUCAACAAGAGCUCUAUCGCUUCUAGCUAAAAGAGCUACCCCGAUUCCAUCGCGGAGUCUAGCGGGACCUUCAACCGGUCUCGCCCGAUCUCAGCCUGUCUUCCAGAGAGGGUAUGCUGGUGGAGCGGACGACGGGGGAAGGGCGAGAGAUAAGGCCGCUGUAGGACCAUUCACGUGGAAAGCGGCAAGCGUGUUCCUGGUGACCGGUGUCGGACUGUACUUCUACUUUGAAUCGGAGAAGGCCAAAGUACAAGCACGGAGACGCGAGGAGUCAGCUACAAAAUCAAUAGGCAAACCGCAAAUCGGGGGACCCUUCCUCCUGACCAACCAGGACAAUCAGCCCUUCACAGAGAAGGAUCUUCUCGGUAAUUGGACCUUGAUCUACUUUGGGUUCACACAUUGCCCUGAUAUCUGCCCGGAAGAAUUGGACAAGAUGGGCGAGGCGGUAGAGAAGGUGGAUGGGGAGCGGAAGGAGCGGAUCCUGCCGUUGUUCGUCUCGGUCGAUCCGGCCAGGGAUACAGUGGGACAGGUGAAGAAGUAUGUCGCAGACUUCCACCCUCGUAUGGUCGGCUUGACUGGGGACUUUGACUCUGUCAAGCGCGCGUGCAAGUCAUACCGAGUCUACUUCUCCACACCGCCAGACGCCAAGGCGACAGAUGAUUACCUCGUGGAUCACAGUAUCUUCUUCUAUCUGAUGGACCCCCUCGGCCAGUUCGUCGACGCCUUUGGGAAGAACACCACCUCGGACGAAGUAGCGGGCAAGGUCAAGCAGGCGAUGGAGAAAUGGGAGGCGGCCGGCGGGAACGCCAUGGCAGGGGUGCCACUCCAGGUCGGCAGAUGA